AUGACCCUUGUUAACCAGAUUCGUGUGGCGGCCGAUCUUAAGAUGGGAGGAGGAAUUGCAGUGAAGUUCAAGCAAGUUUUCGGCAGGGUGGACGAGCUGAAGGCCCAAAAUGUCGGCGUUGGUGGUGUGGCCGUGCUGCGCGACUCAGCGGCAGACGCUCAGCAGCAGCGCUACGUUUACUACCUCAUCACGAAGAACACAUCCUACCAGAAGCCAACGUACGACGAUCUCCGGAAGUCGCUGCAAGCGAUGAAGCAGCAUAUGACCGCAAACGGUGUCGGCAAACUGGCCCUUCCCCGCAUUGGCUGUGGUAUCGAUGGCCUAGAGUGGGACAAAGUGAAGGAGAUGUUGAACAACGUGUUCGGAGAAGGUGGAACGUACGAGCUUGUUGUUUACAAUUUCGUUCCAAAGUAACCGCGCUGGGGCCUUUAGAACCGGAAUCAGUGCUUGUGUCCGCUUGUGUUCCUUUAAU